AUGGAAUUCGUUUCUGCGUGUUUCCGAUUCUGGUGCACGAAAGACCCUACUCCACCUGAAAAGAAGACCAAAGAUGAGAUUUGCACAAUUCAGCCCUCCACCUCCACUCAAUCACAACCAUCACCGUCAAUUCCGGUGUCAGCACGAGUCCAGCAUUCUCCAAAUAAUAGCAAUCAAGGAACCCUAUCAAGGCCGUCUCAAGGGAGACGAAGAGCUCAAUCACUUUCACAGGGAACCAAGCCGGGAAAAGGGAUCGAUCCGGAAGAACGUGAUGCAAUCAAUGAGGCGAGGAAUAAUUUCACUGUUCGAUCGGUUACGCAAUUCAUGAAAUCUCGAGGUGAUAUCUAUGGGGGAGAUUUUGGACGAGUGAAAAUCACAAAAGCUCAGCUACAAGGAAAUCAU